AUGGCGGCGGUACCGGCGGCCGAGAGGCCCAAGACCUCCCCGAAAUCCGUCAAGUUUCUUUUCGGCGGCCUGGCCGGGAUGGGGGCCACGGUGUUCGUGCAGCCCCUGGACCUGGUGAAGAACCGGAUGCAGCUGAGCGGGGCUGGGGCCAAGGGCCGGGAGUACCGGACAUCCCUGCACGCCCUGGGUUCCAUUCUGCGCCACGAGGGGCUGAGGGGCAUCUACACCGGGCUGUCGGCAGGGCUGCUACGCCAGGCCACCUACACCACCACCCGCCUGGGCAUCUACAGCGUCCUCCUGGAGCGUUUUGGGGGGGCUGACGGGACCCCCCCUCCCUUCCUGGCCAAAGCAGCCAUGGGCAUGACCGCGGGGGCUGCGGGGGCUUUCGUGGGGACCCCGGCUGAGGUGGCGCUCAUCCGCAUGACAGCUGAUGGCAGGCUACCCCCCGGCGAGCGCCGUGGGUACCACAAUGUGUUCGACGCCCUUGUGAGGAUGGCGAGGGAGGAGGGGGUGUUCACCCUGUGGAGAGGCUGCAUCCCCACCAUGGCCCGUGCCGUGGUGGUCAACGCCGCCCAGCUCGCCUCCUACUCCCAAUCCAAACAAUUCUUGCUGGACUCCGGGCAUUUCCGUGACGACAUCCUGUGCCACUUCUGCGCCAGCAUGAUCAGCGGGCUGGUGACCACGGCUGCCUCCAUGCCCGUGGACAUCGUCAAGACCCGGAUCCAGAACAUGAGGACAAUAGAUGGGAAACCCGAGUACCGCAACGGGCUGGACGUGCUGCUGAAGGUGGUGCGCUACGAGGGCUUCUUCAGCCUCUGGAAGGGCUUCACCCCCUACUACGCCCGCCUGGGCCCCCAUACCGUGCUCACCUUCAUCUUCCUCGAGCAGAUGAACAAGUGGUACCAGCGGCUCUUCCUCACUGCCUGACACCCCCGGGGGGGGGGUCGGGGGGCAUCUGACCCCAUCCCGUGGGCUCUCCAGGGGCACUUGACCCCCACUGAAGGGUUUUGGGGGUGUCUGACUUCUCCCUCAGGUGCUGUGGGGGUGCUUGACCCCCCCCCCACACACCACCAGGGGCUGGGGGGGAGGUGGUUCUGCAGGAGCUGCCUGACCACCCCCAUAUCAAGGCCAUGAAGUGGUCCUGGGGCCCUAUGGAGGCGUCUUGGGCCCUGUAGGGGUGCAGGACCCACUCCUUAGGGCUUGUAGGGAUCCCUGGGGCCCUGUGAAGGGGCCCUGGACCUGAUGCAGGGGUGCUGGAUCCCUCCCAUGGGGACACCAGGGGAUGCCUGGUCCCUGUGGGGCAGCCCUCUCUAAGGACUGCAGGUGCCCUCCCCCUGUGCUCCCCUUCCCACCCCUCUGGGGGUUUUGUUACCAGCCAAUAUCAAGGUCACAGUGUGGGGCAGGAGCCCCCCAAAAUUUCCCCCCUCCCUCCCCAUCUACCCUGUGCUUCGUUAACGAAUCAUGGAUCGUGAUCAUGUAAUUAAAGCAAGACCCACAAACA